GCAGCCGUUAAAAAGGAAUCGAAACCCAAAGCCGAAAAGAAAACCAAGAAAGCGGCCCCCAAGAAAACUGCCAAGAAAGCCGUAAAGAAAACGACGAAGAAACCCACAACCAAAACGACCAAACGAGCUAAAGGUACCGCCAAAAAAACCGGCGCAAGGAAAUCUUCUACCAGAAAGAGAACUACAUCUUAA